AACGAAUUGAUCUUCGGUCACUUCGGAAAUCUGAUUGUAUCUCCGUUACCAGGUUUUAUACUCACAGCCUGUCCGGAAACCGCAUACUUCUAGCAAGAGCAGAGCCUAUCCAAUGUUGAAUUCUCCCUGUACCAAAGUACCACACACGAGAUGCAUGAUGCUGAUUAAUAAACCAUUCACAUCAAUUAACAAGUGCAGUACUUCCGCGGACUAUCAAACUACCUAAGUAAGGGAAGGAGAGUCUGUCUUCCUUCCUUUUUUUCCAACUUGGGUAAAAGCUCAUUUCAUACCUACAUAUCUCUUCACUUUGACGAAAUGGAUUCUUCAGAUAUAAUUCAAGGGGCUUGCAAUUGCGGACGUAUUACUGUUUCCCUUCCUCGAAGCUCCCUUCCAAAAGCAAGUUCACUCUGCCACUGCUUGAAUUGCAGGGCAUCAAGUGGUUCACUUUUUGCGGUGAAUUUACCCACGCCUACCAAAGACAUCACAGUGGAAGGAACACCGAAGAUACACAGCGAUAUUGCUGCCUCUGGGAACACUUCAGAUCGUCUUUUCUGCGGUGACUGCGGCAGCGCCAUAAUGACUGUUGUCAAAGAACGCCCAGAAAUCGCAUUUCUCAAGGGUGGCCUUUUCGCAAAGUUCGGCGUUGAUCUCCCAGCUCCAGGGAGAGAGCAGUUCUGGAGAAGGGCAGAAAAGUGGGAGAAACCGCACGAAGGGGUUGCAACGCUCAUUGAAUAACAUAUUUAUGUAUGAUUGUUCCCUGCAAGCUCGGGCAUCAACUUAGCUCUCACGCCCCACUUGAAUCUUUCUUUGCUUCACAUCCUUGUUCAAAUGCGUGUUGUAAGAUCAAACCCAAUGAUCUGCUCUUUCAAGAAGUCCACAACAGCGUCUCAUCCCCUCGUAGCAUUUAACCCAGGCGGAAUUGCAAUUAUCUUAAUACCUGGCAGCAUUAUCCCCGCAAACUCCAAGACUUCUUUCUACUGUAUGCUAGUCCAUUAGCUUAAGCAAAUCUAAAUUCCAGUGAGCUUGAGUUAGCU